UCUGUUAUAUUUCCAUAGAUCCAAACACAGCGUUACUCUCAUCAAAGUACUAGUCGGCCACCGCAUCCGCCCCGUACAUUCGAAACUGGCAACAGAGAUCUCCAUCUCUUCUUAAAUUUUAUUUCCCUCUUUCUCUCUCCGAUCGUUUCCGAACCGGACCAAACCGAACCGAACCGGAAAAUGGGAGUACCAGCGUUUUACCGGUGGCUCGCGGAUCGGUAUCCUCGAUCGAUUGUCGAUGUCGUGGAAGAAGAAUCCGUCGGCGGUGGUUCGUUUCCCGUUGACGUGUCUAAACCUAAUCCCAACGGCAUGGAGUUUGAUAACUUGUAUUUGGACAUGAACGGCAUCAUUCACCCUUGUUUUCAUCCUGACGGCAAGCCAGCGCCUGCUACCUAUGACGAUGUAUUCAAAUUAAUGUUUGACUACAUUGACCAUCUCUUUUCAUUGGUUCGCCCAAGGAAGCUUCUUUAUCUUGCAAUUGAUGGUGUUGCACCGAGAGCCAAAAUGAACCAGCAACGUUCUCGGCGUUUUCGAGCUGCUAAAGAUGCAGCUGAGGCUGAAGCUGAAGAGGAAAGGCUCAGGAAUGAAUUUGCUGAUCAGAUAGAACUCUUAACACCUAAAGAAAAACCUGAGACUCAUGACUCAAAUGUCAUUACUCCUGGCACUCCGUUUAUGGCAGUGCUGUCAGUGGCACUUCAGUAUUACAUACAAACUAGAUUGAAUUACAACCCUGGCUGGCGGCAUACAAAGGUCUUGCUUUCUGAUUCAAAUGUUCCUGGCGAGGGAGAACAUAAGAUAAUGGAAUAUAUUCGAUUGCAGCGUAACCUUCCUGGUUUCAAUCCAAAUACUCGACAUUGUUUGUAUGGAUUAGAUGCUGAUUUGAUUAUGUUGGCCUUAGCUACACAUGAGAUUCAUUUUUCAAUAUUGAGGGAGGUAAUUACUUUUCCUGGACAACAAGAGAAGUGUUACAUGUGUGGCCAAGUUGGCCAUCUUGCAGCUGAGUGUCGCGGUAAACCAGGUGAUAAACCUGGGGACUGGAAUCCUGUUGAUGAUACCCCAAUUCAUAAGAAGAAAUAUCAGUUUCUUCACAUUUGGGUGCUGCGUGAAUAUUUGCAAUGUGAAUUGUCGAUCCCCAACCCUCUGUUUGAGAUCGACUUUGAGCGCAUAGUAGAUGAUUUUGUAUUCCUAUGCUUCUUUGUUGGCAAUGACUUUCUUCCACAUAUGCCAACAUUAGAGAUACGUGAGGGGGCUGUGAAUUUAUUGAUGCAAAUCUAUAGAAAGGAAUUCACUGCCAUGGGUGGCUAUCUUACUGAUGCGGGUGAGGUUUUCUUAGAGAGAGUGGAGUAUUUCAUUCAGUGCGUUGCUGUUCACGAAGAUCAAAUAUUUCAGAAACGAGUCCGCAUUCAGCAGGCUCAAGAAAUUAGUGAAGGGAUGAGAGCUAGGGCAAGAGGAGAAAUGCCUCAAGGGCCACCAGCCUCAGCUGCAGAUAAGGUUAAGUUAGGAGAGCCUGGAUACACGGAAAGGUAUUAUGCUGAAAAGUUUGGUGCAUCAGAUCCAGAGGAGAUUGAGAGGAUUAAGAAAGAUAUAGUCUUGAAAUAUGUAGAAGGCCUUUGCUGGGUUUGCCGGUAUUACUAUCAGGGUGUUUGCUCAUGGCAGUGGUAUUACCCGUACCAUUAUGCUCCUUUUGCUUCUGAUCUUAAAGAUUUAGCUGAUCUGGAAAUAACUUUUUUUAUGGGAGAACCAUUCAAACCAUUUGAUCAGCUCAUGGGGACUCUACCCUCUUCAAGUUCAAGUGCACUGCCUGAAAGAUAUCGAGAUUUGAUGACUAAUCCUUCAUCACCUAUUCUUCAAUUCUAUCCUUCUGAUUUUGAGAUUGAUAUGAAUGGCAAAAAAUAUUCAUGGCAGGGUGUUGCCAAGCUGCCAUUUAUUGAUGAGAAGAAGUUGCUUUCUGCCACAAGGACGCUUGAAAGCACAUUAACGGAGGAGGAACAUCGCCGAAAUAGUAAGAUGCUUGAUUUGCUUUAUGUCAGCUGUGCGCAUAAGUUGGUUCCACAUAUCUCUUACUAUUACCAAAAUUAUAGUUAUAUACCUCUUGGAGGAAGACCUGCUAUGCCGAUUGACCCGAUUGCUAGUGAUGGCAUGAAUGGAUUUCUUUGGUCAUAUGAAAGAAAUGUGUUCAGAACGGUUGUAUCUUCUCCCGUCGGAGGCUUGCAGGAUAUCACAUAUAAUCAAGUUUUAAAUAUUACUUACCUUAAUCCUCGUAGUCAUAGGCAUAUCCCAAAACCUCCGGAUGGUGUAGUAAUGCCCAAAAAGAUAUUAAGAGCCGGUGAUAUUAAACCUCUUCCUGUGUUAUGGCAUGAAGACAAUAGUAGGCGGCAUCAUGCCAGAGAAAGACAACAGGUACCUGGAGCAAUUGCCGGCCCUCAACUAGGAGAAGCAGCUCACCGUCUUGUCAGAAACUCCUUACAAUUCAAUAAUAAUAAUAAUAAUACAUCAUAUGGAUUACGGGACCAGUUUCAUGGCCAUCAUACAAUGAACAAGGUCAGACCAACUGGAGCCUCUGGAUCUGGAAGAUAUUAUGGUGAAGAAUCAAACAAUUAUUAUGGACAAAAUUACAGCCCCCAGGGCAUAAUGACUAGGCCUAGAUUUCCAAUGUCGUCAAAUGGUUGGCAAAAUGACAGACAGAAUAUUAGGAUACAAGAUAGGUCGCACUACCAUGAACAGUUCCACAACAUGAAAACCGGAUUUCAUGGUUUAACAAUGGAUGAAGGUGUGAAACCUAGGUCAUCUGUAGCGGCUUCACCAAAGACACCUGCAAUGAUGUUAAUGAGGCCGCAAAAUUCAGGGCAUCCAACCAAUCUACAACCCCAAUUUGUCCAGAACAUUGGUCCUCCUAUACCCCCUCCAAACUGGAUUAGUAAAGCUCCAGAUACGGAUGGAACAUAUGCUAGGCAUCAAGAAGCUGCAUUAGGGGGAGCUUAUGAUAAACCCAUUAAGGUGUACCAAAUUAAAACUCGCAAUCCCCAAGAUAUGCCAGAGCAGGGGAAUUAAUGGUGAUUGUUGUAAAUUUUAUCUGUCUUAUUUAACGGGAAUGCUCUUGCUUGUUGCUUCUCUCAGCCCCAGAUUGGAGCUCAUCCAAGUUCAUCUCUGGAGUUUCAGCGGACAUCCAUUUGAGACCCUAAUGCGAUAGGCCGACAAAUGCACAUCAAAAGCCGUCAAAGACAUUCUGCAAGGAAGGUGCUGCUAUUAUCUGCCACCACACUUGAUAGUGGCUCGGGCCUAUACCAGUGUCGGAAAGGUGCCAGAGCCAUGAGAUGUUCAUGAUUUUCAUACAUUCCAAGUUCUGUACCCAUCGAGCUGGUCAAGGCCAUUGGAGGAUAUCAACUUGAUUAUUGUAAAAAAUGUUCUAAUAUUGUGCUGGGCUAGGUGCUCAUUCAAUUGCUGUAUUUUAUUUUUUGUUUCUAAUUUUAACCUUAAAUGUUGCGACAUUUAUCGGUGGAGUAGGGUGGAUUAGAUGACUGGAUACAUACAAGGGAGACUGCAAAAAUGGAAGGUAGAAUGCCUCCAUUUUCUUCUAGUCGUCUUCGCAUAGUCUAUUGUCGUGCAGACGAGAAUAAAUAAUAUUAAGUUUAUUACUUGAAUUAUUUAGAUAAACAAAUUAUAUUUUCUCA